GGGAGUAUGGGUUUGGAUAGAAGAAGGCAGGCGCAGAAAGUGAAAUUAGAAUCCCAAAGCAAAAGCUAAUGCUUCUAUAGUUCUAUUCUAUUUCUCCCACUGUCUAAAACUAAAAUCCCAGAUUUUUAUUUGAAAAUAGUUACUUACUUGCAAAUAACAAAUGAUGAUCAGCACUCAUUCAAUACUGAAAGAAUCAUUGAAUUCCCACCAACAAUUUCUGAUAAAUUCGCCAACCUAACACUCUCUUUCUAUUAAAACUCACCUCCUCAUUUAAGAAUCCCAACCUCUUCUUCAACCUCUAUAACUUCCCCUCUUUUAUAUUUCUACCUCUUUUUUACACUAUCAGUCUCUUUCUACCAUGGAAGCUCAUAACCUAAAGCUGAAGUGUUGAUAACAUUCAUCAGGUAAGCUCAGAGACUGUCCUUUGAAACCCAUUGGCCUUUUUUUGAUUUAUUCAGCUGUUUUUUCGGUUAUUAUAAAGGUUCGGGAAAUGGAGUAUGGCAUUUUAGAGGGUUUUUUUUAGUGUUGGAACUUGAUGGAGUUGCAGAAGAAUCCAGGAAAGUUGCCUGGAGAUGAACCAGGGACCAUUUACGAGAGAUUCUCAGUGAAUUAAGUAAUGAUGGUUUGGGAAAACUAAAAGGGGUUGGCUCUGUUUUUCAAUUUUUUUUCUUGCUUUCAAGAGUUUUCCUGAGAUGGGGUUUCGUUUCUUUGGUUCCAUUUUAGUUCUUGCGUUGUUCUUCAAACCUUUGGCUUGUCAGCAACCCAAUACAGAUGGGUUUUAUAUAUCCGAGUUUAUGAAGAAGGUGGGAUUGAACUCUUCUGUCUACAAUUUUUCUGCUCCUGUUUGUUCAUGGAAAGGGGUUUUCUGUGACAAAAAAGGAAAUGUUAUCGAGUUUGUGGCUUCUGGCAUAGGCCUCUCCGGCGCUAUUCCUGACAAUACACUCGGAAAACUCAGCAGACUUCAGAGUUUGGACCUUAGCAACAAUAAAAUCACCGGAUUUCCUACAGAUUUUUGGAGUUUAGGCUUACUGAAGAGGCUUAAUCUCUCAUCUAACCAGAUUUCUGGUCCUCUCGGAGACAGCAUUUGCAACUUUGGACAGCUUGAAAGUGUUGAUAUUUCCGUCAACAAUUUCUCUGGGAAAAUUCCAGAAUCUAUCAGCUCGUUACUUAGUCUCCGAGUCCUGAAAUUAGACCACAACAGGUUUGGAGAAAGCAUUCCAUCAGGAAUUCUAAAUUGUCAGUCUCUGGUUUCGAUGGACCUUUCAUACAAUCGGCUAAAUGGAUCGCUUCCAGGUGGAUUUGGGGCUGCAUUUCCCAAGCUUGAAAGCUUGAACCUUGCAGGAAAUGGGAUUCAUGGCCUUGAUUCAGAUUUUUCUGGGCUUACGGCCUUAACAGCUCUUAACAUAUCAGGAAACUUGUUUCAGGGUUCGGUUAUGGGCUUGUUCAAAGAGCAGUUGAAGGUGUUAGAUGUAAGCAGAAAUCAAUUUCAGGGUAACAUUUCUCAGGUACAGCUCAAUUCUAGUUACAACUGGUCUCAUUUGUUGUAUCUAGACUUGUCUCAGAAUCAUCUCGGUGGAGAAAUUUUCAACAUUUUGGAGAAAGCCCAAAAUCUCAAGUACCUCAAUCUUGCUUAUAAUAAAUUUAGUAGCCUGGAAUUUCCUCAUGUUAGUUUGCUUUCAAGUUUAGAAUACCUUAAUCUAUCCAAAUCCGGCCUCACCAAUCACAUUCCUCCUGGAAUCUCACAAUUGAGUCAUCUGAAUACCCUUGACAUCUCCCAGAAUCAUCUCACGGGCAGAAUCCCGUCUUUGAGCGUAAAAAACCUUCAAAUUCUUGAUGUUUCGCAGAAUAAUUUGAGUGGAGAAAUCCCUUUAUCUCUCUUAGAAAAACUGCCAUGGAUGGAGAGAUUCAACUUCUCCUACAAUAAUUUGACCUUUUGUGAUUCUAAAAUUUCCUUCAAAACCCUCCAAGCAGCCUUCCUUGGGUCAGCAAACAGCUGCCCCAUUGCUGCAAAUCCGAGUCUCUUCGUUAGAAAACCCAGUAAACAUGAGGUCUUGAAGCUGGCUCUGGCUGUUACUUUCUCCAUGAUCUGCUUACUUUUAGCCGUGAUAUUUCUAGCAUUCGGAUGCAGAAGGAAAAGCAGGACAUGGGUGGUAAAGCAGGCCUCUUACAAAGAAGAGCAAAAUAUUUCAGGGCCCUUCUCUUUCCAAACUGAUUCAACCACAUGGGUGGCUGAUGUUAAGCAGGCAACAUCGGUCUCGGUAGUAAUUUUUCAGAAGCCAUUGUUGAAUAUAACCUUUGCAGAUCUCUUGUCUGCAACUUCUAAUUUCGACAGGGGUACCCUAUUGGCAGAGGGUAAGUUUGGACCCGUCUAUAGAGGAUUUCUACCUGGAGGAAUUCAUGUGGCUGUGAAAGUUUUGGUCCAUGGUUCUACAUUGACGGAACGGGAAGCUGCAAGAGAACUUGAGUAUCUCGGUCGAAUUAAACACCCCAAUCUUGUGCCAUUAACUGGAUAUUGCUUGGCUGGGGAUCAAAGAAUUGCCAUCUAUGAUUAUAUGGAGAAUGGGACGUUGCAGAAUUUGCUGCAUGACUUGCCACUGGGUGUUCAAACAACAGAAGACUGGAGUACAGAUACAUGGGAAGAAGUUGACAACAAUGGAAUAGAAAAUGUUGGUUCAGAAGGUAUGUUAACGACUUGGAGAUUCCGCCACAAAAUUGCAUUGGGUACUGCUCGAGCACUUGCAUUUCUUCAUCAUGGGUGCUCACCUCCGAUCAUUCAUAGAGAUGUUAAAGCCAGUAGCGUUUACCUGGAUUAUAACUUAGAGCCCAGAUUGUCAGAUUUUGGAUUGGCGAAGGUUUUUGGCAAUGGUCUAAGUGAAGAGAUUUCGCGUGGUUCACCUGGUUACGCUCCACCAGAGUUUUUGCAGCCUGAGAAUGACCCUGUAACACCCAAAACUGAUGUAUACUGCUUUGGUGUUGUCCUGUUUGAACUAGUUACUGGUAAGAAGCCAAUUGGUGAUGACUAUCCAGAGGGAAAAGAAGCCGACUUGGUGAGUUGGGUAAGAGGACUUGUGAGAAAGAAUCAAGGAUUAAGAGCUAUUGAUCCAAAAAUUCGAGGUACAGGACCAGAUGAUCAAAUGGAGGAGGCCCUUAAGAUUGCUUAUCUAUGCACAGCCGACCUUCCAUCGAAACGACCAAGCAUGCAGCAGAUAGUUGGACUUCUCAAGGACAUCGAACCAUCAGCUUAGAAGAAUUCAAUAGAUCAAAAAGAAAAGCAUUUGGGGUUCUACUUUGGUUCUUUUGAACUCCCUUCUUUGAUGCUGCUAAGGGAAGUGUACAGUACAGUCAUCCUGGAAAGAUAUGCUUCAAAAUGUUCCAUGUAUUUUUUUUCUUUCCUAAUAUUCAUUGUGCAACAUCAGAAUUUUAUGUCAAAUACAUGAGUUAGUCGAAGGAACUGAAAAAUGGGAAUUUCAUCACAGUUUUAGUACAAUGAGAGUUCAGUUUUUAGAACAGCA